GGCUGCAAUUGGGCUUUGAAGAUGCAGUGCGAUGAUGGUGCUUGACGUGCUGCUGAAUAAGAGGCACGGCUCUCCCGAUGCUUCCCCCUUUUAAAUAUUUCGAAUUUGAUAUGGCCAGGUCAGGCCGAGGAAGAGGGCGUGCUGCCUUGACCUUUGACAUUGCAGCAAUUGGCUUUGUUAAAGGUGAAGCGCUACCUGAAGCAGUAUUUGGGCCUUCUCCGCUAUAUCCUACAACAGAUUACAAACCAACACCACUGAAAACGGGAGAGGAUGAGGAUUACCUUUUGGCUUUAAAACAAGAGCUCAGAGGGGCAAUGAAGCGGACGCCUUAUUUUAUGACCAAAAAGAAUGAAAAUGAAGGUUUUGUACCUGUUGAAAGAUACAGCAAAAAAUACUUGCAGAUGAAUGAAAAGGACCUAGAAUGGACCCCAGACUGGAGAAGACUCCCAAGAGAGCUGAAACCAAAGAAGAAGACUGAAAAAGCAGGUGGAAAACCGAAGAAAGCAAAAACUGCAACGCCAAAAACUAAUGUGGAUGUUUUGAAAAAGAUAGAGGAGCUAGAAAAGAAAGGAGACGAAGAAAAGUCAGAUGAGGAGGAAAAAGAUAAAGAGGAGGAGGAGGAGGAGGGAGAACCAGAGGAGUAUGAGGAAGAAGAGCACGAAGAGGAGAACGACUAUAUUGCUUCCUAUUUUGAAGAUGGAGAUGACUAUGGAGCAGGCAGUGAUGAUGACAUGGAUGAAGCAACUUACUGAAAUUGGUUUGAGUAGCUGGGAAAUACAGCUGGAAAGUCUGAACACGCACUUGAGUUACCUCUAGUUAUGAAAUAAUGUAAUUUCAGAGGAUUAACAUUGAUGAUUAACUCAAUAUGGGAGUAUGUUGACUCAAUAUUCGAAGCAGGCUGUAUAUUCACUUCCAAUUGAUGGAAUGGUAGAUUGUGUUGGCGGCAUGCUAAAGCACUCAGAUGUGUCCUAUAUAGACCAUGCUUUGUUAUCCUGAACUAAUUUGCAGAAAUGUUAUGUGCCUGACAACAUAACACUGAGCUAGCCUGUGCAGAGUACCAUAUCACUUUGCAUUGCUUAUGAAACUGUUGUGGGAAGGAAGAGAAAUGUGUGCACUGAAGUUUAAAAAUCUAGCCUUUAAAUAAUAAAAACUGUUUACUGAAAACAGGAUCUGGUGUAGUAGUGUGUGAUAAAAUACAGUUGCAGGUUAGCUUGCUUUCUAAUAAAGGGUUGCCCCCUUCCAUCAUCACAAGAGCUUUGGAUAAACAGUACUUGGUAAGGCCACCUGAAUAAUAAUAUAAAGAUGCUUACUGAACUUCCAGUUCAGUUACAGGACAACCAAAACUCAAAUGGCAAGAACUGAUUUAUUGCUGUCUGAUAAAAGUUCACCAACAAUGACAGUCGUGCAGUGCUUCCAAGAAACAUUAUGGUAGUAAAUAAAGUAACAGUAAUAGUACUUCUUAUAUCCCUGCUUAAAAGGGUUUUUUUUUUAAAAGAAGCACAAUUAAUUCCAUAUAUCCUACCAUCCAGUUUCCAGUAGUGGCCCCUCCCUUUUCCAAAUGUCACCCCAGGGACUUCUCCAAAAUACAGUUGUUGUUGUUGUUGUCUUUUCCAUUGUAGCUUUAAAAAAUAAUAAUCAAUGCUUAGUGUUGUAAUCUUAUGUAAACUGCUUGAUUGGGUGUGCCUGAAAAGCAGUACUGUAUAUAUAAACACCUUAAAUCAAUAAUGAAAUAAAAUUUGGACUAGAGAUCUGCUGCACAAGAAUCAUGUUGCAGAAGAAUCCCCCCUUGACACCUCUGAUGUGUUGGAGUCUGCUUUUCACAGUAGAACAUAGAAAUGGGCAUGCCAAAAUCCUUUGCUGUAGCUAAAGCGGCUUUUUGGAUUAGUGUGGAAUAUCCAUAGAGUACAUCAAUUGAUCACUAAACAGGAUUAAAAAUAUAUUUCUUUAUUUUUAUUUUUCUGGAAUUAAGAAUUCAAAAAGAAAAUAUAUUCUUGCCAUCUUAUAAAUUCCAAAACUUUUAUAAACGGCUUAAUUAUGUAAAGAACAUUUGUGGCAGUGUUCCUUUGAAUAACCAAUCCAGGGGUAAAAACAUUUCACGUGGUUUCAUAGUACAAUACACAGAUUAAGAGCCAAUUUCCCUGUUCAACCAUGGAUUGUAUUUAGAAAUCUGGUGACCAUAUUCUAAAUAUUUUUCUCUUUUUUUUGUAGAAUUCUUAAAAUUUACUACUGUAACCCUAAGUAUGUAGGCAGAAGUUCCACCUGAAAUAAAGGAGGCUUGGACAACUUUAGUAUUGAGCUAGAUUUGUCAAUAGGAACCACUAGAAUGCACAGCAAAAUAAUAAUAAUAAUAAUCCAAUAAUCCAUUUUCUGGAACAUUAGAUUAUCUUUUUCUAUCCUUGCCAAACCAUAGAUUCACCACACACGAUUACAAAGUACUCAUUUCUGCCACAUUGUUUUUGAAAAGAGAAAUACAUACACCAACAGCACAUAUGAAGUGCUUUAACAUACUUUUUUCCUUAAAGCUACUGCAAGUCCCAUACACAGAAAAUAAAUCAGUGUCUUUAAUAAAACAAGCAGGUCCUCAUUGUGAUAUUUCAACAGACCUUCGAUUUCAUGACUGCACUAUUCACUUUUUCACAAAAGAAACAGGUUUAGCAUAGUUAAAUUGCAGAAAUAAGGCACAGAUCCUUGAGCUAUAGCAAAGUCCAAGGUAGUAUUUUUGGUACAUAAUACUAUGCUGAUUAUUAUUUUCACUAUUUGACAAUAAUUUUUCAGAUGCCUCAGUUCAAAUUAUCACCACAAAAAUGAUUUAGCUGUGGUACACCAACCAGUCUUUGUGAUGUGUAGACAGUUCAAGUGUAGGUCGUUUAGAAAUUUUACUGCAUGCUGCCUUGCAAGUUUUAUCUAAAAAGUGACAGAGAAUUUUAAUAAAUCUAUCUAGUUAGGUCUAUAAAUUCCCCUUUUAUGUUUAGAACUCUUCUACACUUGGCUGUGUUUGGUAUUCCACUUUACCCCACCCCCAAAAAAAUUUCAGAAGUGGCACAUCUGCAACUUUCUUUUCCUGCAGUUUUCCAUUCCCUCAGGUCAUUUCAAUAGAAUUCACAUGCGAAACUGAUUGCUUAGAGCACUGAUCUUCAGUGGGUGCGUCAGGAACCGCUAUAGGUUACAGCCUGAUCUAAGAUGGGUUGCAAGAGUACCACUACCACCACCAUACAAAUAUAUGGUUUUUUA